AUGGAGCGGCUGCUGCAGCAUCUGGAGCGUUUCUCAGAGGUUUUGGAGGUCUCCCGCUCGACCUACGUUAGCACUUGGGAACCCGCUACCGUGCGUCGGGCCUUACAGUGGGCUUCCUACCUGCGCCACAUCCACCGCCGCUUCGGCCGCCAUGGCCGCAUCCGCACGGCUUUGGAGCGGCGACUGCACAAUCAAUGGAGGCAAAAGGGCAGCUCUGGGCCGGGUCCAGGCUCCGGACUGAUAAACUUCCGAUCUCUAGGGCACUGUGACGUUCUGCUAGCUGUAAGUCUGCUGGAGAAUCGGGCCCUCGGGGAUGCCGCCUAUCACCACCUGCUGCAGCAGCUCUUUCCGGGCCCCGGCGUACCGGAUACCGACGAGGAGACGCUCCAGAACAGCCUGGUUAGCCUAGCCCGCCUCCGGUCGGCUGUCCAUAUAUUGCGCCUCUAUGCCUACCGAGAGAACCCGGAAGUACAGAAGGACCCGCUGGUGAAGACGCAGGCAGAGCUGCUGCUGGAGCAUCUGCAGGACGUGGGGAAGGCCGAAGCGGAGGGCCCCAGUAGGUUUCUUAACAGCCUGUGGGAGCGUUUGCCUCAGAACAACUUCCUGAAAGUGCUGGCUGCAGCGCUGCUGCUACCAUCGUCGUCCACCCGACCCCAAGAAGAGGGGUUGGAACUGAGCAGCCCCGAAACACCCGGAGAGGGGAGGCAAGAACUGGUCCGUUGGCUUCUAGGAAAGUCGAACAUCAUGAGUGUCUUUUGUCGCAACCUCCCAGCCGGCCUUUUAGCGUCAGUGGUAGGCCGCCACCCAGCGCUCUUUCGGGUCUAUCUAGGUUUGCUAACAGACUGGGGUCGACAUCUGCACUAUGACCUACAGAAAGGCAGUUGGAUUGGAGCAGAGCCCCAGGACUUGCCCUGGGAGGAGUUGUACAACAGGUUUCAAAGCCUCUACCAGGCUCCUCCACCUCUGAAAGAUGAAGUUCUAACUUCUCUGGCGUCUUGUAAGGCGCAGGAUGGAGAUUUCGAAGUCCCUGGGCUUAGCAUCUGGACAGAUCUGUUGGUAGCUCUUGGUAAUGGCACAUGA